UAUAAUUUAUUAUAUAAAUCUUUGUAUAUUUAAUUUAAUUUUUAUAAAUUUUGUGUUCACAUAAUUUUUUUAUUAAUAUGAGUCUAUUUAAAGCUUCUAUAUUAGGAGCAAGAACCAUAACCAUCUUAUUUACCAAUUCUCAAAAGUAUACAUUAGUAUGUAGGCGAUUUUCUACGCGCGAACUAUUAAAGGAAGCAUAUUGUCGCACGAAACUUAAAUGUCGAUCUAAGAAAUUACCUCAAGAUGUGAACCCCAAAGGUGUGUUUGCUUGCAAUGAAUUGGAUCUCUCCGAGGUCAAAGUAUAUGGGUUCGAUUAUGACUACACAUUGGCACAUUAUAAACCUACAUUGGAACAUCUUCUCUAUAAUCUUGGUAGAGAUAUUCUGUUAGAAAAAUAUAAUUAUCCUCCAGAAAUAUUAAAAUUAGAGUAUAGACCUAACUUUGCGGUAAGGGGCCUGCAUUAUGAUAUUGAAAAGGGAGUUCUCUUGAAAUUGGAUUCCUUUUUGCAAAUACAAUUUGGAGCUGUCUAUCGUGGCCUCACACCUGUCUCCACGGAAGAAGUCCUCAAAAUGUACAAAAAUAGGAUCAUACCUAUUGCUUAUGUAGAGGGCGAUACAAGAGCACAUAAGGCAAAUCGGGCCAAAAUGGUACACUUAGCUGAUCUAUUCUCAGUACCUGAAAUGGGACUGCUUUGUAAUGUAGCUGAAUAUUUUAUUAAGAAUCACAUUGACUAUCACCCUGAGAUACUUUUCUUAGAUGUUAAGAAUUCAGUACAGAGUUGUCAUCCAGUAAUGCAUAAGAUUGUUUCACAAAAUGUUGAGGAAUAUAUAAGACCCAAUCCUGAUCUCAAGAAAUAUUUUGAGAUGCUUCAGACCAGUGGGAAGAAAUUGUUUCUUGUAACCAACAGCCCUUUUAAUUUCGUUAAUGCUGGUAUGGAAAUGUUGGCUGGACAUGACUGGUUAGACUUCUUUGAUGUGGUAAUUGUGAAUGCCAACAAACCUAAGUUUUUCACGGAAGUGUCACGGCCUAUUAGAGUGUUCGAUAAAAAUGCCGAUACCCAUAUAUGGGAGAAGGUUUCAUCUCUAGAAAAGGGUAUAAUUUAUUAUGAGGGAACAGUAAAGCAACUACAGGACCUUACAGGGUGGAGUGGUCACCAGGUACUAUACUUCGGUGACCACCCUUAUACUGACCUCGCCGACGUGACGCUAGAACACGGUUGGCGUACUGGGGCUAUCAUCAACGAGCUAACGCAUGAGAUCAACACCUUGAACACCAGAUCCUUCAAAGAGAACGCUAACUGGCUUCAGAUGCUUACACAACUUAUUGAAGAUCACCAGGACUACAAAGACCCCGAAGCACUCAAGAUCCUCAACGAAUGGAUGGCAGAGAGGGAUUUUCUAAGGAGUUCUUGUCUCACUUCCAGGAACAACAUAAAGGCUGUAUUUAACCCCCAAUUCGGUAGCGUGUUCCGAACGUAUCACAACCCCACCUACUUCUCGCGAAGACUGUUCCGUUUUGCAGACAUCUACACAUCAAAUAUAACUAAUUUACUGAAUUAUUCACUAACACAUACGUUUUACCCACGCCGUGGUGUCAUGCCACACGAAUAUGGAUCGUAUUUUGUUUAAUUUUAAUGUUGAGUGUGCAUACCGAAUUUUCGCAUCAUUUGUAAUGUUUGUAACCUUUUAAACUGUCUGUAUUAAUAUGUAGGAGUGAGAAAAUUCAGUAACAGUCAUAAUUAAAAUUAAAAUAUCAAACAAAUAAACUAUAUAAGCAUAAUAUGAAGUUGCAUAUUUUUGUCUUACAUUUGAGUACAACUUAUUAGAGUCAUUUAUAAUAUUAUUUAUGUAAUAAAUACUUCAGUAAUUGUGUAAUUGACUUUAAAUAUCGAAACAUUAUUCAGACGUGUGCGUCUUCGGUAUGAACGCACUUAAGAAUAAUAGUUCAAUGUUAGAAUAAUAAGUGUUAUUAUUUUGAAAGACUUGAACAUAUGUUAAUGUAUAGUGUUUAUUUUAUUUUUAUAAUUCUAAUCUACAAUACGAGGUUUAUCUCAUGUUAGUAAGUGUAUACUAUUUAUUGUGGUAGUGUAAUUGUAUGCUCAGGUAUGUUAACCGAACUUGCCAUUUAUUACUUAUUUUAUUUUGAAGUAUUUUAAUUGUUAUCAUUAUAAUUAAGCAUAAUAUUUAUUAUAAAAGGCCAAAUAAAUAAAAAACCCGUUCUCGGUACUGAAAAAUACAUAUAAUGUUACAUAUUAGUAUAAAAUAAUGUAGAGGAAACCUAGUAUCAAUUCGUAUAUUUAUAUUUAAAAAAGUUUUUAUUAUUGUUCAAUAUUUUAUUGUUGGUAUGUUGUAACGUUUCCACAUCAUAGGAAUUUGUUUUUUUAUUAUAAAUAAAUAAGAGUAAGUGAAAUAAUCAUCAAGAAAUAUAAGUUUUAGUCUUCAAAUGAUUAAGUAAGAGUAAAAUUUUAAUCAUUUGAUGAAUUAAAUGACUGGCGUUUCGUCGCAAUUUCGUUUUUAUAAUAUGCUAGGCAUAUAGCUAUACGUCUGAAAUAAUGUAUAUCACAAUUCUCGAGAGUACGUUUUAUAUGUGAUUCCAGAGAUUACCCUUACACACACUUACAAAAUUCGCACUCCGUAUUAUUAGUGGUAUUAUGUGCAUAAAAGCGAAAAGGAUAAUAGUUAUUUAUUGAUCCCAGCUUUUCUGCACAUUUCUCACAUGUACCGUUUUAUAACUGACAUAUGCCCCAUACAGAAUAGUAAUAGAAUGUAAGUAUUCAGCCAACUGUAUUCUAGUCACGUGUAUUUAAUACUGUCUCAGAUGAGUUAAGAUCAUUAGUAUCUAUAAUAUAAGUGUUAAAAACAUAUCUUUACUGUCAAUUUUACAACUGUGUGUAUAAAGAAAUGAAUCUAUUAAUUAACAUUUAUAAGUAAUAGAACUAGAUAGGCUGAUAUUAAACACGACAACCGACAUUGUAACUGCAUUUACAGUUACAUAUCCAUUGCUCAAUUGGUUACAAUGAUGUUUCGUUUCAAAACCUUUCAGAAGUUUAUAUUUAAAUAAGUCUUGUCUAUUCCAUUAGGGACUUUUGUAAAGAAUAUUUUCAUUUCAAAAUUACAUUAUAUCUUAAGGUUUUAUUUAAAAUCGAUUCCAAUUCUUUGUAACAGAACUUCAAGAAUCGUUUCAGUUUCAACUUUAAAACAUAACUCAUAUCGAAAAUAACCCAGUAUCAAUGGAACAUAUGAGUGAUUUUAAAUGACAUCUUGGGAUAUUAUAUGUGUAAAUUGGACUUAAUCACUCCAGUAAUAUAAUUGAAUUAAUGAAAUUAUUGUAUUCUAUGAAUGAAGUUCUAUUUAGUUAGUUAGAAAAUGUAGACAUGCUAAAUCGGUAUCAUAGUCCAAUCAUACCCUAGAAUUACUAGAUCAUAGUUUAAGUGCCAAAUAGGUUUACACGUGUUACGUUAAUAUCUAAUAAUAAAAUAAAUAGUUCGUGAAUAUUGUUAUAUUUGUGAAUACUGUCAAUGAAUUUCGGAUUGUUGUGUACUUCCUUCUUUUAUUUAUAAUAUUACUAAUAAGACAUAUACUUAAAAUAAUUAACCUGUAUUCACCAUUCUAUUUGUUUGUUAAACAUCGUCUUUCGUAUAUUAUUAUUUAAUUUAAUGAGAAGUUAUUUUUACAGUGUUAUACAAGCAUAAUAAAAAUAAAGUUGUAGAACAUUUUCUUAUUUACUAGCCUUAUGGAAAUAAGUCUCAGUUUAUUGUAUUAGAGAGAAUAUAUAAUAAAUUGUAUCAUAUGUAAAAUUAGUAAUUUGAAAUGUACAUAAUAAUAGUGUCUUAUGGUGAAGAUAGACUACACUCCGACAUUUCAUACAAAACUGCAGUGAUCACUACUACGUAAAUUAGAGGUUCAUCAAUCGACAGGAAAUUCAUCCCCACACCCAAAUUCCUAAGUGCUCUCGGACAAUGCGGUUUUAGAGGCUUCUCUCGCGUACACUUAGAUUAUGAAAUGAACUACCUACCGUGGGUUUGUCUAAAUACUACAGCAUGGGGGUUUUUCAAGAUGGGUAUAUUAAGGUUCCUUAAGGGUCGGCAACGCCAGGUGACACUCCUGUUUCAGGCGUCCAUAGGCUACGGUAACCGUUUACCAUUAGAUGAGCCAUUCCGCAAGCCUGUUUGUUACCAGUGUGGCAAAAAAAGGCAUUUACCAUACCGAAUCCGGUAAAUGGCUAUUAUACCACACAUUAUCGCAAGAGGUGAACAACUGUCUUACUAUUUCACCUAACUUUCGCCAAUAGUCUUACUUCAUAAGCUGUGUGUUCAAUUUGAAGAGCGAGGUACUGUAAUGAAAUUAUCAAGUAUAAAGGCAUAUCAUUUUAGUCCUAAGUCCCAAUUGCAAGGUAUAACAGGUACCACGGGGGUCACAUGUUCAUUUUAUAUAAUUUUGAUUAAUUGUAAUUAUCGAAGAAUGUGGGGAACACCACGAAGUGUUAAAAAAUUAUUGUAAAUACAAAUAUAAUAAAUUAAAAGUGGCACGGACAUUCUGUCUGUGGUUGUAAAUAAUAAAUAAAUAAAAAUGUUCAUGCCAAUAUUCGUCGAUUACCACAUUGUAUGUCAUAUCAUUAAUUAGAAAUACAUUGUUAAAAUAACAUUAUAAAUAGACGAGUAUUUUCCUGUAAACAACUAAGAUGACAUCUUUGUAGAUAUCUUUAUGUAAAUACUAGUGCCAUAGACUUCGACAAUAAAUCAUUUAACAAAUCGAUGACAUCAAGUUUUGUAUUGUAUUUUCCAGGUAUCAUUCUAAAACAAUCAUGUUACGUUUAUAUCACCAGGUUUUUUUUUAAUUAUUCUCAUUAAAAAUAUUUACAAUAUACCGAUUUGUUUAUCUUUACUCAUGUCAUUUUGUAAUAAAUCCCGUUUAUCGUACGUACUUGUUUAUAUUCUUGCAAUUUCAUUAUCGACGGGGUCAUGUCAUGACCUAUGAAU